GUUAGGUAGAUUAAAAGAAAAAUUUUCUCGAGUAUAGCAGAAAACUUCCCUAGUAGUUUCCUUCAUUGAGUGUUGCUUUACGGUGUUUCAAAACAACAACUUUCCGAGAAAAGUUUUCCUUAUAUUAAUAUAUAUAAAUAUGGUUAACCUACAACAAGUACACUAGACGAAGGAAUAAUAACAUUAUUGCAGUUAUACCUUUAUUUACAAAACAUGGAACAACAGGAAUCUAAAGUUCUGUUUCGGAGUAGAUCAAUGGAGACAGAAGCAAAUCUAUUCAGUGUUUGUUCUACAAAUGGAGAACAUUUUAUAAGAAAGUCAGAAAUAUUGAACAAUGACGAGGAAAACAUCAGAGACGAUGACCGAAUCAUUGCUUUAAAUGACCAGUCUGUAAGCCAUUUUGAUCAUGUUACUAUUGUUGAAAUGUUGAAAGAACUGUUAGAUUUUUCUCAGGAAGGCAGAUGUAUAACCUUGGUUAUAGAUAGAAAAGAACAAGACGGAGAUUUAAGAAUGAUUGAAAUUAAACUAUCGAUAUAUCAACCUACAGAUAUUGACAUAGAUGCAGGUUUCAACUUUAGUUACGUGAUUAAAAAAAUAUUUCAAAGAGAUCAACCAUAUGUAUACAAUGUCAAAUACAUAUUUUCAUAUGACUGUUAUAUAUCCGAAUGCAACGACACGAAAUAUGUCAAAUGUACAGCUGAAAACAAACUAGAUAUGGAAUCAUUACCACGUGAUGUCACAGAAAGGGGUGGUUUUACCUUCAAAUGUUGCAAUUAUUUAGUUCUGAGUGGAACAAAAAAACAUCCGAACAACACAUAUGUAUGUAUUCUACGUGUCGAGAAGGGUACUGCAGAGAAGGGACUAUAUAUCACAGUCAAAAAUGAAGAAGAUGUAUACGCGGAGGAAUUUCCGCAUCCUGACAGAGAUGUCGACCUAGAGAAAGCAGAUUCGAGAUUUUUUAUACUUAAAAAAACUCCUAAUGGGAAAGAUAUGUUUGAAUCGUUGGCUUAUGAAGGUAGAUAUUUGUCAUGGACAAGAACACGCGUAAGCCUAAGACAACUUCCUAGUGAGAAACCUCAGCAAUACAGUGGAGAUCUAAACAAUGACUGCAAAUUUGAAAUAACGUCUCAUAGUUUUAUUGGAAACUGACUUUGGGGACAAAUGUUUCACAUUGUGCUGUGCAAGUCCAUUCUUUAAAAUCAAGCUUUCUAAGUAUAAGUUAAUUCAACAUUUGUUACCUUACUUUAUCAAACAAAAUAUGUGGUUAUAAUCUAUAUCACAUGUGACGUGUUUAUAUAUUUUGUAAAAAUUAUUCCUUAUAAAACAAGAAAAAAUGAAAAACAAACAAAGUAGAGCAAAAAUGGAGGAACAUUAGUGAAACAUUUUAAAAGAAUAAACUUAUAACUUGGAUUUGGUACGUCAUAUAGCUACGCGUUGUUAUUAGUCAUUUCCUUUAGUGAAUGAAGCAUCUUUUAUAAAUAUAUAUAAAAAGAUAUAAAGAACUUUAUACUCUAGAAAUAUCAGAUCGUCUUUUUUUUUUAACUUUGUGUUCCUUGAAGAAUGUAUUUCCUCGUUAUAUAUGUAUAUAUUGUGUUAGUCAUUAAUAAUGUAAUUCAAAUGAAAAAUAAACUCAUCAAAGUUA